AAUAAUGUACUAUCUGCCUAUUUAUGAAUACGAUUUACGACUAUGCGACACCGGUUAGCACUAUGCAUACGUGAUGUUCAUAUUGUCAAAAGUAUCUCAACAUUACCAACAUUUUUAUAAGGUAAGUAUGUAUUAUUAUUUAUUGUAUCAGAUAUUGAUAGGUAAACAUUUAUUGCGCAUUUAUACAUUUGCUUGGACAAAAAUAUGAAACAAUCAUAAUUAUUACUAGCUAUAUUCACUUUACCUAUGUGAGCAAUACCUUAAUAUCUAUUUUAAAUAUUGGUAAUUUAUUGUUAUUUACAAUAUACUCGAAUCAAUAUAUAUGUUUCUUUACCUUAUAAGUUAUAACAAACAAAAUGUAAAAAUGUGUUAUAUCUUUUUCUCCGUCGCCUUCAUCCCACUACUUGGGAUCAGUUCAUUUAUAUCUUAAAUUUAACAUGUUCACCUGCCAUAGUUCAGCUCUCUUAAAAUCAUUGUCAUUAACAUCCAACCACCUCUUUUCUCUUACGUUUAUUUUAAUUGCAAUUCUUACUGCUUCUCCCCAUACCAUGUCCUAACCAUCUUAGUUUAUCUAUUAUUGAAGUCAUAUCUAUGUUGCCUUUUAUAAACUCAUCUCUUAUCAUAUCUUCUAUUAUCACUUCACUGAUCCACUUAAGUAUUCUCAUCUCUGCUACACUUAUCAUGGUUUUAUUUUUCUGCCUACCCCCAUCACUCUAAACCUUUAAACAUAAUCAGUCUCAUUGAAUUGAAUGAAAAAAUAAUUAAUGUACACCUAUAAAAUAUAUUAUUUUGCAUCCUUGUUACAAUAUGUUGCUCUAUUAGAAACAUUUUUUAUUAUUUUUUUGCAUUAGGGUGUAAAAGAAAUAAUUAAAGCACCAUUAACAAAACAUGGCAAAUUUGUGCUUAUACUAACAACAUUGUAAUAAUAGGAAAAAACAAAGAUCGUAUGGAAGAAGUCUACCAUAGCAUUGAAAAAAGGAGAAGAACAAUGGGAUUAAAAAUUCUUNCAAUUCAUGAAAUUGGCUAUAUCUUGUCCGUUUUAUGAAUUAGGUAAAAGUACUUAGUUUUAUGACAGCCAAGCGAACUGGAGUAUCCGAAUACAACCUGGAGAGGUGGCAACCCUAUUCAUGAAUGGACAAAUUAAACAAUGGAGUGACCAUAUAUUUUUUUUCCAGUUUUAAUUAUUUAUCAAUUUCAUACUAGGUGCCAAUAUUACAUUUUAUCUAUAAGCAAGCACUACUUCUAUACAUUUAUUAUGUACUCAUAGUUAUUUUUUUGUUAAAUUUAAAACUCUAAAAUAAUAAUAAAUCAACAAACAUUUGUUGUUUUUAAUAAAAUAGUAACAAAAUUAUUUAAAUAGUUAAUACUUGUAAAUAAAUAUAGUAAAUAUAUAAAUAAAAAAACCAUAAUUAUCAAUACGAGCUCAAUAUUAUUCAUAUAGUCCAUAAAAAUAAUAAUACACAACUCACCAAAUAAUACUCCAGGGGACACAUUCUUUCAGUUAUUAUUUGUAUUUUUAUAUAUAAAUUUUUUAUUUAUAAAUUGAUUUUUAGAUUUCCGUGAAAAUAUAACCAUGGCAACACAAGAAGUGGAUAACAUUUUGGCCAAAGAAGAACUAGUAGACUUCAGCAUUUACUAUUUGGACUUAGUGGAAUGUCCAUUAGACCCUAACCAUAAACUUCGACGUCAUAGAUUACCAAACCAUCUGAUGAAGUGCAAGAAGUCAUUUCCAAAUAAAAUAAAAUGUCCUUAUGGCCAUUACUUUUAUACGGAAAAAGAUGAGAUGGCCAAUCAUUUACAAAUAUGUUCAUAUAAGCCAAAGAUAUCUCGAGUUGAAGUAAAACCUAUUCAAAAAUCUAAAAAUAUUAAUUAUAACUACGAUGUUGACAAUUAUGAAUGUCAGGAGCCUUAUUGGGAUUAAAUAUGAUGUUAAAAUAAAUAAAGUAGACAUUUCCUAUUAACAUAUAAUGUAAAUAUUAUUUUACAUCGGUAUCUUGGCCUUGAUCUAAUACAAGUCUAGUUAGAUACAAUUACUUAGUCCUGUGAAAUAUAUUUUUUUUUUUUACAAUGAUACUUGAUUUUUAUAGAUGUUCACACGCCAAAUUAGUUUGUCUUUAUCACAUCUAGUUUUUCUACAAUUGAGAUUUACAUUAGAAUAAUAUAAGUUAUUAUAUUUGAAAUAUUUUUAACUUUUUUAAAUUUUAGUUAUAGUAAAUUAUACAAUAUUAUUAAACAUAAAUAUUCAAAAACAUAUUUGUGGCUUAAUUAAAUUUAAAGUAUAAAAAAAUAAUAAUAAUAAGAUAUUCAAAUAUGUUAUUAAUUUUCUUUUAUAGUUUUGUUUUUCAGUUUUUUAAACACUAGUAGUAAUCGGCCAUCAAACUAAAAUUAUUUUUACAUAUUCUUAUAGAAAUACCUGUUUUAAUAAUAUGUGCAUAUUGGAUAAUUUUGUGAAAUUCAUCAAAAUUAAUAUUAAUACGGGAUAUAUAGAAUUGUGAUGUCCUUCACCAGCUACGAACAGUAAUUACACAACAAAGGUAGAUAAUAAGAUAUUAUAGAGUUUACAAACUUGUUUAUUUUAAAAACAUAUUGAUUUUUUUUUUACAUUUUGUUUGCCUACCAUUUUACAGAUUGUUUUUUUGAGUAAAUAAAACAUUAUUAUGGAUUUGAUUUAACUACUUACAUAGGAUAAUAAUUAUAAGAUAAUGUAAUUUCAAAAAUCGUCGUCGUCAUUGAGAUCAUCAAAAUCUAAAAAAUAAAGAAAGUAUUGUUAAAAAUAUUAACAUUUUUAUUUGACUA